AUGGAGUCGCUGAAGGGGAAAACGCGAGGAGAGGACUUGUAUGAACAGGUGUCCGCUGUCAUCGAGAGAAGGAAUCUACCGUGGAAGGAAACCGAUGCGGCUCAUCAGGAACUACUUUACCACUCCCGUGUCCGCUGGUUAAGUUUGGGGAAAGUGUUGCAACGCGUGUGGGAGCUCAAAGAGGAGAUAAGCUCGUUUUUGGAGUUAAAGGAAAAAUCCGAAGAAUUUCCCGAGCUGAUCGACGAGAACUGGCUUUGUGACUUUGCGUUUGCUGUGGACAUUUUCUCACACUUGAAUGAGCUGAACGUGAAGCUACAGGGGAAAGAUCAGUUUGUACAUAACCUGUACACAAAUGUGACAGCCUUCCAAUCCAAGCUGAUUUUAUUCUCCAGACAAAUAUCAAAUAAAUCUUUCACUCAUUUCCCGACACUAGCCACGCAGAAAGAGGCCACCCGAAACACGAAGAAAUACUGCAAAUCACUGGAUGACCUGCAGAGAGAAUUCUGCCGUAGGUUCACUCCAGCUGGUGUCCUGUCCCCAGCUGGUGUCCUGUCCCCAGCUGGUGUCCUGUCCCCAGCUGGUGUCCUGUCACAAGACCCUGACACCGCACCGCAGGAGCUGCACUUGGAACUGAUCGAUCUUCAGUCCGACUCUGCCUCCAAGGAGAACUUCAAGUCUCUUAAACUGACUGACUUUUACGCUUCACUUAACAAAGCCACGUUUCCAAACCUGCGGAGAUUGGCACAGGAGAUGAUAGUGUUGUUUGGCUCAACAUACGUGUGUGAGCAGACGUUCAGCGUCAUGAACAUCAACAAAGCUCGUCACAGAUCCAAGUUAACGAACCAACAUCUCAGAUCUAUCUUGAGAAUUGCCACAACAAAACUAGCCCCAGACUUUGAUGCACUGGCUAAGAAGGGAGACCAACAACACUGUUCCCACUGA